AUGGACGGCCAAACACUGAACCCCGUUCCGUUUGACACCACUUGCGAGCCAUGCUCCGCUUACGAAACGUUUCGCUUCCCGGCCGAACCCCCGUUUCUUUACGUCCCUUUAUUCGAUCAUCAUCGCUUCCACUUCCCACCAUGCAAUCUGCCUCCGCCUCUCGAGUUUCCGAGACCCGAAACGCGGGGCAAAACGGAGACGGAGGCGGAACCCGCCGUCCUCGACGGGAUUGCGGCCGUAGUGGGCGAGGACGUGCUCUUCGGAAAGAACAAGAAGAAGGAGGAUGCCUUGGCCGGCGGCGCGGCGGCCCGCGGCGUCUCGCGGCUUUCGGUUCCUAAGGCUAGAGAAGUGCAAGGGGAUGACGAAGUCGACGGUAAAGCCCGGGGCGUUGCGGGGGGUUCGUCGGCCGGUCAGACGAGCUACAGGGGGGUGAGGAAGAGGCCGUGGGGGAGGUGGUCGGCGGAGAUAAGGGACAGGGUAGGGAGGUGCAGGCACUGGCUGGGGACGUUCGACACGGCGGAGGAGGCGGCGAGAGCGUACGACGCGGCGGCGAGGAGGCUGAGGGGUGCCAAGGCGCGAACCAACUUCCAGAUACCCCCGGUGGUGCCGUUCCUGUCGCGGCCGGCUCCGGGAAACGACAACAGCGGCAGGAAUAGGAGCGGUGGUGGGGGCGGGAAGAAGAGGAAGGAGGGCUUGGAUGGUGGGAGGAAAUGCUCGGUCGUGACAUCGCUGGAGCACCUGUUCAGUUCAACAAACGGUCGGGGCGUCGGCGUUGGAGGUGGCAACAGUAGUAGCAACGUGGAGCUGGAUUUGAAGCUUGGGGUUGGGUUCGGUCUUAGGAAUACUUCUGCUAAAACAAUGGCUGUUUAAGCUUUAAUUAUA